AUGUUUUGGUUUUUGCUGCCAUUACUACUGCUUGGAGCCACGAUGGCUCAGUUGGAGCAGGCUCAGAAACAACCCCAGCAACAAGCGCAGCAGCAGCAACAGUUGAAACCCUUGGAAAAACCCGUUCAGCUGGAAAACCCAGCGUACGAUCCGUCUCUGUACCAGAAGUUCCUGCCUCAGGAUGCCGUCCAGCAGUACGUCCACGCGUACACCGGUCAUCCUUAUCCUGCAACGGCUGGUUACUACCCCGGUGGGUCACCCUUCGAUACGGGCACCGCUUUUGCCGCUAUUCCGACCGGAGGCUUCGAAGGUUUCUUGAUUCCAGCCUCUCCAACUGAUCAAGAUUCACCGUCACUGUUCACCUCGAUGCGUACACUGCUUCCAAGUGCGCGAUCGUUGGUCACAUUUGUCGGUCGCCUGGUGUCUGUGUUGGUUGGAUCUGUUGGAGUGCUACUGUUUGGGACCAUUCUCACCUCACUGACGUGCUUCUUUACGCCGUUCUGCACACUGUCUUUCCGGAAUGCGAAGUUCCUCACCGGUGCUCAGGAUGCUGCGCAGGAGAUCGCCCAGACGGUUGGUGAGCAAGUGACUGCUGAUCGAGUAAAGCGGGCGGCCGAGUUCCUGUACACCGCGAUUGACCGGUUCCAGCGGCUCAAUGACGUCGUUAAAGAGGCCACCCAAAGGAAGGCAACUGCGCGACCGAGCUGA